AUGAUGACUUCUCUAAUCACAUACAUAACGUUUGUGGUGUUUAUUAAAGAAUACUGUGGAUUGUCAAUUGAAAAUGUUUACACUCGGUACAUAACUAGCGAAACAAUUGAUCAGUCAGACACUUUUGGAUACAAUGUGCCGAAACCAAUUGGAUAUAAAGGAGAUGAGCCGAUUUGGCCCAGAAGUUACGGGUAUUCGGCUGAAAUGUUCUUCGAUGAGAAUGGAGCCGCAUUCCCGGUACAUCCUAGGAAAAAACUGGGAAGUAUUAUUAGACCCCUCCAACAAGGCGUUCAGAAGUAUGAUGAUGAUGAUAAAGAAAGCAAUGAGAAUAUGUAUGAUGAAAGAAAAGCUCUUCGUGAGUUUUAUAGAAGAUUCAAAGCAAGAGCAAGACGAAGCUGAGGAGAAAAGCUCAAAGUAUUCUAAAAGAUCUGAAAUGAUUGAAAUAGCUUUAACUUUAUCUACCUUCGACUCGGAAUUGGUU